AUGGAUUACAAAAAGAAAACGUUUCCCAUUGAUGAUAUCAUUAAACAUGCUAAACUCGCCAAUUUUCAACUCAGAGAUGGAAUGGAUUUUUUAUACGUCAGUUUUUUUGUAGAAAGGUAUGUAAAAAUUAAAUCUCAAUAUGUUUUUCAUUUUACUCUAAAGGCUGUAUUAUUCCAUGAAGUGUAUGAUAUGAUUGGUUUCAAAAUUGUAAUAAUAAAUUUUGAUUUAGAUAUGCCAAUGUCCUGAAGUUUUCUGACAAGGAUAUUGAUUUACUGCACGAUGAGCUGGUGGAUUACAUUAUCUUAGAAGACACAGACAUCCCACAAUCUGUAUGGGAAGAAGUGAAAUUACAAGGAAACAAUGACGAUACGAAUGCAAAACGAAUUAGAAUGGAUGUGAUUGUUGCUCACUUAUCAGGCAUGACGGCACCUGGAUCCAACAGCUUACAGUUUCCACAAUUAUCAAGGGUUCUACAACUUAUUAUUAUUCCACACUCUAAUGCUUGA